CCUUAGUCAUUUUGGCUCAAGCCAUCUCGACUCCAGCAUCUGCUGCUACGGGCGAGUUGCAUGUCUCGGAGCCUAUCCGCGGCUCUCGCCGCCGCGGCACUGACCUCGACACUGACCUUUGCUACCGUCGGCGGGUCGAAGCGCAGCAUGUCGGGCGCCGAGCACCCCCUCCUCGACAAGUUCUGCGGCAAGUAUUUCUUCAAUGACGAUCGCAGGUACAACUUCGUGGCCGCCGAGAAGUUCGAUUCGGAGGAGGAGAAGGCCGACAUGAUACGAAUGUUCGCGCCCCAGGUCCCGAAGGCGCGCGAGGACAUGCCCGCGCUCAAGAUCAUGAUGCUCCGCCCGGGUGCCAAAAGCGAGGAGGACUUGUUUGUUCAUGACACGCUGUACAACAUCGUGAUCCGCGACGAGGGCAGCAUCCUCGUGAUGGAGUGCUGGACGGGCGACAUGCAGCUUACGGUCGAUGGCAAGAUCAGCGGAAAUCAGGCCGAGGGCAAGACCAUCAUCACGCUCGACACCUCCAGCGGCAAGGCCAGCAUGGACAUCGGAGGGGGCUUCGGGAAGGAGAAGUGGGUCAUGACGCUGGGUGAGGAGGAGGAGGAGGAGGAGGAGUGAAGGUGGUGCUUGGCCCCUUGUGCACAGGGGCUGCUGGACUUGAUGCGCUUUUGAUUUUCAUCACCGCUCAGGCAGUCGCCUUCUGGAGUGUGAUCCCAUUUUCGAUCUGCAGGGCCACAUGGUCGUUACCAGUUGUUCAGUAGCCCCGUCUCGCGCAGCAGCGUUCUGUUUCACGUUGUGGUGCCAGGGGCCCUGUUGGGAGAAUGGCCGGGCACAUUCUCCAUCCGCCCGCCCUCUCCUUUGGGUGGUGUCUUCUCCUUCGCGAUCCAGUAGCGCGGACCUUCAGCUUAGCAAACGGAGCAGGGAGGAAGG